AUGGAUGGUUUCCUCGGUGGGCUGAGCAGGGAGGAUCGGUUGAAAGAUCCGCUAGUCCAGAGGAUCAAAGUGAGCAGGGAGGAUGAGGAGCAAUGCAGCAGAGACAUGGACUGCGAUGACUGGUGCAAGGAGAGGAGCAGGGAAGGGUGCAUCUGUAGAUGCAAGGGCUUUCUUGAAGAUGCGGUGUAUGGUUGCAAGGCGGAGAACAUGGUCUGCCAGGAACCCCCGUAUCCGUUCUGGGGAGGAAGCUUCAAUAUGACUGCCAAGACGUUCAAGUCCAAGUGCAAGAAGCAUCCGAUCAUGCUGGUUGCCUUCACCGCCCGGUCAUGCCGUCACUGUGUCGACUUCGAGCCGGCCUACAAGUGGGCGACUCCUCAGCUCGAUGAGCUGGGCAUACCCCUAGCAAGGGUCGACGUGGAUGUGGAGAAAGAUUUCUCUCGGGACAUGGGGAUCUCUACGAUGCCAGCAGUGAAAGUUGUGGAGAAUUGCAAGGACAAAGGCCUGUACAAGGGCUAUCACUCGCCUUCCGCCUUCGUCUCGUACGCCAACAAGCUGCUUGCGAACACAGUGACAACACUGACAAGCGUGGAGGAGGUUCAAGACUUCUCAAUCAAGCACAAUGUCAGUGUCAUAUCGUUCUUCUCCAAGGCUGACGGGUACGAGGAUGAGGAAGAGGAGUUCAGAGAGGCAGCAGAGAGUCUUCGCUUCUCCAACAACGUCUACUUCGCAACCGUCAAGGCGAAGGCCAUUAGCUCUCACUUCGAGGGUGAGAAGUGGUUCAAGAAAGCUCCGGCCAUCGUCGUCUUCCGAAAUUUUGACCUCCACGACCGCGAUCUUGACUCCGUCGUGGUCACGGAACUUGCUGACAUGAGCGUUCAAGAGUGGAUCUCAAAGAGGACCGUCCGGCUAGUUGACGAGGUCACCGGCACCAACUUCGCAUACUAUGAAAGCCUCAGGAUACCGAUGCUCCUUCUUUUCGUUAACAAGACAGCGGACAACUCUGCUGUCCUGAAAGACUUCAAAGCUGUCGCUCGUUUCUACCAAGGGAAGGUCAGCUUCGGGUACCUCGAUGGGCGGUUGCACGCGACGAGGAAGAUCGCCUUGGGCCUGACCGACGACUUGCUCCCAGCCAUGGCUUUCAAUACUCUGACAGGGGCGCUCUAUCCCUUCCCUUCGUGGAAGAAGUUGGAUCAGAGGAACAUCAAAGAGCAUGUGGAAGGGUUUCUCACAGGUAGGCUGCAGCCUUCCCAGGCAUCUGCAACAGAUGAAGAGGUCAAGGCUGCACAACAACAAGCAGAGAAGGACGGGGCAGUGGGGCUCAUCGAGAUCACAAGGAAGAACUUUAAUCAGAUCUGCAUGGAUGAAUUCUUUGAUGUGAUGGUUUUGUUCUAUUCGGCAUCGGCACAAGUUACAAGAGACUUCUGGCCGUAUUGGAAGAAGACGGUGGAGAGAUUUCGUGCCUUGAAGAUCGAUACUCUCAAGGUGAGAGUACAUUGGUACGAUCUUUCGAGAAAUCAGCUUCCAGACUCCUUGGAGCUGGACAGUCUGCCGUCGAUCGUCAUGUUUCCUGCGCGUGACAAGUCACCCCCCCACAAGAUGUUCCAUGGGAAGGCGAAGGUUCGACCGAUCAUGUUGUGGGCGCAAGAGGUGGCGAGCAUCAAGUUCGAAUUCCCGAACGAUACUCCGCACCUCGAUGACGAGCAGCGGAAAGCGUACUUGGUCCAGAUAAAGGAGCGAGACGAGAGAGUGGGGGCUGAGAGAGCCAAGAAGAAAGCUGAGAGAAUCGCCAAAUUGAAGGAGGAGGAGGACAAUCAGAAGGCAGCAGGUAGUCAAUCUCCGCAGACGGACAAGUUGACCGGACAUGAUGAACUGUAA